AUGCAUAUAAAAUUUUUCAUACAAAAAACAAGAGAAGUAAUAGAUCAAUCACAAAAAAAUAUUAAAUUAGCGAUAAUUGAUCAUAUUAGUUCAGUUCCAGCUGUUAUAUUCGAUAUUGAACAAAUAAUUAAAUUUUUUCGCUCUCAGAAUAUUUUAACUCUUAUUGAUGGUGCACACGCAAUAGGUUCAAUACCAAUUAAUUUACAACAAAUGAAUCCUGAUUGUUAUCUAACAAACAGUCAUAAAUGGUUAUUUAGUCAUAGAAGUGGUUGUUUAUUAUAUGUACGAAAAGAAUUACAAACUUUAAUUAGUCCAAUAACAACAUCAUUUGGCUAUAAACAAGGUUAUCAAGAAGAAUUCAAAUGGUUAGGUACAAAAGAUUAUAGUAAUUAUUUUACAAUAAGUGAUGCUAUUGAUUUCCGACAAAUGAUUGGAGGUGAUAUGGCUAUAUAUGAAUAUAAUCAUCAAUUAGCUGUAAAUGCUGGUAAUUUAUUAGAAUCAAUGUGGAAUAGUUCAACACUGACUACAAAUGACGAAUAUAUUGGAUUUAUGAAUAAUGUUCAACUCCCGUUAAUUAUAAAUACAACAGAAUCAAGGAGGAAUUUAUAUAAUAAAUUGAUAGAACGAUAUAACAUAUUUCUACCAUCCUUUCAAUUUGAUAAUAAAUAUUAUUGCAGGAUCAGUGCACAAAUAUAUUUAGAACUGACAGAUUUUGAAUAUGUUGGAAAUUGUGUAUGA